AUGGGUAUUUCACGGCGUCCUAAGGAUAAGGCCGCUCGAGGCGCUCAGGCAGCGGGCGGCGCCAGCGAAAAGCCCAGGAAGGCGACGUACGAGGUGACUAAGAAAAAGGAGAUCGGUGUGUCAGACUUGACUCUCCUCAGCAAAGUGUCCAACGAGGCCAUCAACGACAACCUCAAGAAGCGCUUCGAGGGCGCUGAGAUCUAUACAUACAUUGGCCAUGUGUUGGUCUCGGUCAAUCCCUUCCGGGACCUGGGCAUCUACACCGACCAGGUGCUGGACAGCUACAGGGGGAAGAACCGUCUGGAGAUGCCGCCGCACGUCUUUGCCAUCGCCGAGUCGGCCUACUACAACAUGAAGGCGUACAGCGACAACCAGUGUGUCAUCAUCUCGGGCGAGUCAGGAGCCGGCAAGACCGAGGCUGCCAAGCGCAUCAUGCAGUACAUUGCGAGCGUUUCUGGCGAGCAGUCGGGCGACAUCAAGAAGAUCAAGGAAAUGGUGCUGGCAACCAAUCCCCUGCUUGAAUCUUUCGGAAACGCCAAGACGCUGCGAAACAACAACUCAUCGCGAUUCGGAAAAUACCUCCAGCUGCAUUUCAACGCUCAAGGCGAGCCGUGCGGAGCCGACAUCACAAACUAUCUCCUCGAAGCCACUCGAGUCGUCGGGCAGAUUACGAAUGAGCGUAACUUUCACAUUUUCUACCAAUUUACAAAAGCAGCUCCCGCCCAGUACCGAGAACAAUUUGGCAUUCAGAAGCCCGAGACCUACCUCUAUACCAGCCGGUCUAAAUGUUUCGACGUUGACGGCAUAGACGAUGUUGCGGAGUUCCAGGAUACGCUCAAUGCCAUGAAGAUUAUUGGUUUGAGCCAAGCGGAGCAGGAUGAGAUAUUCCGCAUGCUGUCUGCCAUUCUGUGGAUUGGCAACAUUCGGUUCCAGGAAGACCAAGAAGGAUACGCCGAGGUAGUUGACAGAUCUGUGGUGGAUUUUGUGGGAUAUCUGCUGCAAUGUACACCCGAGGACGUCAUCAAAGGCAUCACCAUUCGAAUCCUGACGCCCCGCAACGGAGAGGUCAUUGAAUCGCCCGCAAAUCCGGCCCAGGCUAUGGCUACUCGAGAUGCAUUGGCCAAGGCUAUCUAUAGCAAAUUAUUCGACUGGAUCAGGGUUCGCGUCAACCAGUCUCUCAAGUCUAGACAAGAGACAUCCAAUACCAUCGGUAUUCUUGACAUCUAUGGCUUUGAGAUUUUUGAAAACAACAGUUUCGAGCAGCUGUGCAUCAACUACGUCAAUGAAAAGCUCCAGCAGAUCUUCAUCCAGCUCACACUGAAAGCCGAACAGGAAGAGUACACACGGGAAAAGAUUCAGUGGACGCCGAUCAAAUAUUUUGACAACAAGGUUGUGUGCGACCUCAUUGAGCAGAUUCGCCCCGUUGGAAUCUUUUCUGCUAUGAAAGACGCAACCAAGACGGCUCACGCAGACCCCGCUGCUUGCGACAGGACCCUCAUGCAGACUAUCAACGGCAUGUCCCACGCUCACUUGAUUCCCCGACAAGGCAGCUUCAUCAUCAAACAUUACGCUGGCGAUGUCGGGUACACUGUCGACGGCAUCACGGAUAAGAACAAGGAUCAGCUGCUGAAGGGCUUGCUAAACCUGUUGCAGGGCAGUGGAAACACAUUCAUCCACACGCUAUUCCCUCACCAGGUCGAUCAAGAUAACCGAAAGCAGCCUCCCACAGCAGGAGACACGAUUCGAGCAUCAGCCAACCUCUUGGUAGAGACGCUCAUGAAAUGCCAGCCCUCAUAUAUCCGAACUAUCAAGCCUAACGAAAACAAGUCGCCUUCUGAAUACAAUGGACCCAACGUCCUGCACCAGAUCAAGUAUCUCGGUCUGCAAGAAAACGUUCGCAUUCGAAGAGCUGGAUUUGCUUACCGACAAGACUUUGAUAAAUUCGUCGAUCGCUUUUUCUUGCUGUCGCCUGCUACCUCAUAUGCUGGUGAAUACACGUGGCAGGGAUCAUACGAAGAUGCUGUGAAACAGAUCCUCAAGGACACGAGCAUUCCCAAAGAGGAGUGGCAGAUGGGUGUUACAAAGGCCUUCAUCAAGUCUCCAGAGACUUUGUUUGCGCUGGAGCAUAUGAGAGAUCGAUACUGGCACAACAUGGCAACUCGUAUUCAACGUAUGUGGCGAGCCUAUCUUGCGUACCGAGCCGAAUCCGCUACGAGAAUACAACGUGUCUGGCGAAAGAAGCGCACUGGUGCAGAGUUUCUGCAGCUCCGUGACCAGGGCCACAAGGUGCUUGGAGGACGAAAGGAGAGACGACGAAUGAGUCUUCUCGGCUCUCGAAGAUUCCUUGGGGACUACCUCGGAAUCAAUGCCAUGAAUGGACCCGGGGCUCCCUUGCGGCAAGCAGCCAACAUUGGCUCCAACGAGCGUGUUGUAUUCUCAUGCCGUGCCGAGAUUCUCGAGUCCAAGUUUGGCCGAUCCAGUAAACCAAGCCCUCGCAUCAUCAUCGUGACAAACUCCAAAUUUUACAUCAUUGCCCAGCUGCUUGUCCAAGGACAGCCGCAGAUUCAGGUAGAGAAGGCACUGCCCCUUGGAUCUAUCAAGUUCUUCGGAGUCUCCUCAGCCCAGGACGACUGGUUCUCACUAGGAAUCGGAUCUCCGCAGGAGCCUGAUCCGCUCAUGAACUGCGUAUUCAAGACGGAAAUGUUCACCCAGCUGCAGCGUGUCAUGCCGGGAGGUUUCAACCUCAAGAUUGGCGAAACCAUUGAAUAUGCCAAGAAGCCAAACAAGAUGCAGCAGAUCAAGGUGCUCAAGGAUUCCCAGCAGCGGGCUGAUUUCUACAAGAGUAGCACAAUCCAUACUACUCCGGGACAGCCUGCAAGCUCCGUGUCGAAGCCAACGCCCAAGGGCAAGCCUGUGGCAGCGCGCCCCAUUACCAGGGGCAAGCUCAUCAAGCCGGGUGGCCCGGGAGGACGGCCAUCGAGAUUGACUGGCAAUCGCAAUACCCAGCCAAGACCGACAGGCACCGGAACCAGAACUGUUCCUCCGCCACCUGCUGCUCUUGGCCUUGGCAGCGCAGUGUCAUCCGCUUCAUCAGCAACCCCGUCGGCAAGCACAAGCACAUUGAGCUCGGCGACUCACCAGACCAUUCCUAUUGUAGGGAAUACCAACAAACCGGUGAAGCAAGCUGCCGUGGGUCGAGUUGCUCCGCCACCACCUCCCGCCCCUCCUGCUGCUAAGCCCAAGAUCAUGGCCAAGGUGUUAUAUGAUUUCGCCGGCACAAAGGAAAACGAGCUUUCCAUCAAGGCAGGAGACCUACUUGAGGUUGUCCAGAAGGAGAACAAUGGUUGGUGGCUGGCCAAGAAUGCUCAAGGACAAGCUUGGGUGCCAGCGGCAUAUGUAGAAGAGCAAGCUGCCCCUGCUCCUCGGCUACCUCCAGCGCCGCCGUCAGCCAAGGCGAAGCCUGUGCCACCUACAAAACGACCAGCUGCAGGUGGCCGCAAGCCUGUCGAUUUAGCCCAGAGAGAUUCUGGCAUGAGCCUGAACGGCACCGGUGGCGAUAGCGGCAGAAGCACGCCGACACCCAGCCUGGGAGGCAGCUUGGCUGAUGCUCUCUUGGCACGCAAGAAUGCUCUGAACCAAAAGAGAGAUGAUGAGACUGACGACUGGUGA